CAGGCUGCGCCCAGCUGGGGCGGGGCCCGCGCCUGCGCACUGUCGUCCGCAUCGGGGUUGGGGGUAGGUUUAUAUCCUCCUGAUCAGCUGACGGUCUGCAUUGCAGCCUGCGGAUUGCAGUGGCGCCAUGUACGCCCUCGUCCUCGUCGCCAGCCUUCUGGUUACCGCUCUGACCAGCCCUGUCCAAGACCCGAAGAAAUGCUCUGGGGGGUCAGCAGUGCUGUGCACAGACCUGAAGACGGCGGUGGAUUGUGGGGCCCUGAAGCACUGUCAGCAGAUGGUCUGGAGCAAGCCUACAGCGAAAUCCCUUCCGUGCGACGUAUGCAAAACUGUUGUCACUGAAAUUGGGAACAUGCUGAAAGACAAUUCCACUCAGGAUCAGAUCCUUCAUUACCUGGAGAAGACCUGUGAGUGGAUUCAUGAGUCCAGCCUGUCUUCCUCGUGCAAGGAGGCAGUUGACUCUUACCUGCCUGUUAUCCUGGACAUGAUUAAGGGGGAGAUGAGCAACCCUGGGGAAGUGUGCUCCUCACUCAACCUGUGUCAGUCCCUUCAGAAGUACUUGGCUGAGCAAAACCGCCAGAAACAGCUUGAGUCCAACAAGAUCCCGGAGGUGGACAUGGCCAGUGUGGUUGCCCCCUUCAUGGCCAACAUCCCUCUCUUGCUGUACCCUCAGGAUCGCCCCCACAGCCAGCCCCAAGCCAAGGCCAAUGAUGAUGUCUGCCAGGACUGUGUGAAGAUGGUGACCGACAUCCAGACUUCUGUGAGGACCAAUACCACCUUUGUCAAGGGCUUGGUGGAGCACUUCAAGGAGGAGUGUGAUCGCCUGGGGCCGGGCAUAGCUGACAUGUGCAAGAACUACAUUACCCAGUACUCUGACGUUGCCGUCCAGAUGUUGAUGCACAUGCAACCCAGGGACAUUUGUGUUCUGGCUGGAUUCUGUGAUGAGGUCAAGAAAGUGCCAAUGAAGACUCUGGUCCCAGCCAAUGAGGCCAUCAAGAACAUUCUCCCUGCCCUGGAACUGAUGGAGCCGCAUGAGAAGGAUCUGUUACAGGCCCAAAGCGUGAUCUUCUGCCAGGCUUGUCAGUUUCUGAUGCAGAAGUUGUCUGAACUGCUUGCCAACAAUGCCACUGAGGAACUACUAGUUAGAGGUUUGGGCAAAGCAUGCUCACUGCUACCCCCUCCUACUUCGACCAAGUGCCAGGAGGUGGUGGAGACCUAUGGUCCCUCCCUGCUGGACAUCCUUCUGCAUGAAGUGACCCCAAACCUGGUGUGUGGUGUGGUCCACUUCUGUUCUGAUAGCCCUGCUUCGAUGGAGACACUUGAGCAGCCUGCGUUGCCCAUCGUACCUGCACUGCCAAAACAGCCUGAACUGCCCAAACAGUCUGCAUUGCGCGCACACGUGCCUUCUCAGAAGAACGGUGGGUUCUGUGAAGUGUGCAAGCAACUGGUCAAAUAUUUGGAGCACAACCUGGAGAAAAACAGCACCAAGGAAGAGAUACUGGCUGCACUUGAGAAGGGCUGCAGCUUUCUGCCCGACCCCUACCAGAAGCAGUGUGAUGAUUUUGUGGCUGAGUAUGAGCCCUUGCUAGUGGAAGUCCUUGUGGAAGUGAUGGAUCCUUCCUUUGUGUGCUCGAAAAUUAGAGCUUGCCCUUCUGCCUAUAAGCUGCUGCUGGGAACUGAGAAGUGCGUCUGGGGCCCUAGCUACUGGUGUCAGAACAUGGAGACUGCAGCCCGAUGCAAUGCUGUCGACCAUUGCAAACGCCAUGUGUGGAACUAGUUUUCCAACUUGGAGACGUUGCCUACUUGUGGGUCUAGGCUAACACACACAGAUCUAUUUGACUUCAUAAUAAGUAGGAACACCCUUUUUUGUCCUUCCCUCAACCCUUCCCCUUUACUGUAGCAUUGCUGUCAUGUAAGAGGUGCUGACAGCCACUUCAGUGUCCCUUUUUUGUUUGAAGGAUGAAAACAUCUUGGGCAUCAGCUCCCCAAGCUGCCCUUUCACCCACCUGCUGGAGGGGGGUGGUGAGCCAGAGGGCAGGGGCAUUUACUGAGCCCUGACUUGGUGUGUAGCAGGUAUGGGGGAGUCUAUGGCUACCUCCUACCUUGAGGAGGGAGCUGUCCACCUUCUGUGGCACCAAGGAGUUUUCUUUGACUGAUUAGAAGCACAGAAUAACCAGGCCUUUAGACUGAUGGACUCGCCAUUGUCACAGCACAGAUUUCAGAAGCACUGCUUGGGACCUUGCUAUCCAUAGGCCAGCCUUCUACUCUGCUUUCCCGUCUGCUUCCCGUUGCCUUGUUUGGGGUUCUGUGGGAUAGGGUGGGGAGGGAAAAAAAAUUCUGAAUGUAACGUGCCCGUGC